GGCACUCGCUGGCCGCCCGCGCACCCGACACACCGGGGCGCAGCGGGAGCCCGUGCGGGGCGGGCGGCCGUCCAUGCGGCGGCGCUCGGGAAGCACGCGGGGCUGAGGAGUCGGCCGCUCCGGACUAGCCCAGGAGUUGAACACCACUUGAGCCUGUAGGAAACUGGGGAAUACCUCUGAGGAACCUGUGCCUUAGCCUGGCCCUGCAGCAUCAUGGUUUCCUAUCUCACAAGCUGUCUCAGUGCCCUGGGCGCCCUCCUGCUGCUUGGUUCUCAGCUUGUUUGCCCCCAGCCCUCCACUGAACACAGAAAGGUCCCACAACGGAUGGCAGUGGCCGAGGGAACCCCGGAGGACAGUGGCGGUGGCUCCCCAGGUGUGUGGGGCUCUUGGGGCCCCUGGUCUGCCUGUUCACGUAGUUGCAGUGGUGGUGUGAUGGAGCAGACACGGCCCUGCCUGCCCAGCUCCUACCGCGCUCGAGGAGGCUCCCGGCCCAAUGGCCCUGCACUGUCCAUCACUGGCCACGUUGUGUCAGCUGUACGGACCUCAGUACCGCUGCAUAGAAGCCAGGAGGACCAACGUACCCUGGCUGGCUCCAAUGCUAGCCGCCAAGGCCCCACAGUGGUGCGAGGCAGUCGACACCCACAGGCCCGAGGCCGUGAUCCUUCAGAGAGAAGGAGCAGGACCCGAGGUCCUAUUGGCCCUGGCAAGUAUGGCUAUGGGAAGGCUCCCUACAUCUUACCGCUGCAGACCGAUACCAUGCAUACUCCACAGAGGCUUCGGAGACAGAGGCCUUCAUCCAGGCACUCCAGGUCCCAGGACACAUCUGCUUCUAAGCAGGGCUACCGGCCACCAACCCACCAGUUCUCCCACAGCCGACCUCUCUACCAGAGCGACAGUGGCCCUCGCUCUGGACUGCCGCCUUCUAAGGCUUCUAGCUACCAGCUGCCCUUGACUCAUGAUCAAAGCUAUCCUGCAGCUUCAAGUCUCUUCCACAGCCCGGAACUGAGCAGCAACGAUGGUGCUAGGCCCCAUGGGGCAGCUCAGGCCUUUCCCCAGCAUCUGCGAUCAACAGCAAUCUCCUGCAUCGGGGCCUAUCGGCAGUACAAACUGUGCAACACCAAUGCGUGUCCAGAAAGCGGUAGAAGCAUCCGGGAGGUACAGUGUGCAUCUUACAACAACAAGCCAUUCAUGGGCCGGUUUUAUGAAUGGGAGCCAUUUGCAGAAGUAAAGGGUAAUCGCAAGUGUGAGCUGAACUGCCAGGCAACCGGCUACCGCUUCUACGUCCGGCAAGCCGAGAAGGUCAUCGAUGGCACACCCUGUGAUCAGAAUGGCACGGCGAUCUGUGUGUCGGGGCAGUGCAAGAGCAUUGGCUGUGACGACUUCCUGGGAUCUGACAAAGUCGUGGACAAGUGCGGGGUGUGUGGAGGUGAUAACACUGGCUGCCAGGUGGUGUCCGGAGUGUUCAAGCAUGCCCUCACCAGCCUGGGCUACCACCGGGUUGUAGAGAUUCCCCAAGGAGCUACAAAAAUUAACAUUACAGAGAUGCACAAGAGCAACAAUUAUUUAGCCUUGAGAAGUCGCUCUGGCCGCUCCAUCAUCAAUGGGAACUGGGCAAUCGAUCGCCCUGGGAAGUACGAGGGCGGAGGGACAAUGUUCACCUACAAGCGACCGAACGAGAUCUCCAGCACUGCUGGGGAGUCCUUUCUGGCUGAAGGUCCCACUAAUGAGAUCCUGGAUGUCUAUAUGAUACACCAGCAGCCCAACCCAGGAGUUCACUAUGAGUAUGUGAUCAUGAGGAACAACGCCAUCAGCCCACAGGUGCCACCGCACAGGGGACCAGGAGAACCUUUCAAUGGGCAGCUGGAAACGGAAGACAGAGGCCAGGAGGACGGAGAAGAGAGGGAGAAGAACCAGGAGACGGAAGACUCACAAGUCGAGGCCCCUGAGGUAUUCACGUCAGAAUCCACGCAGACCUUCCCAGUCAGGCAUCCGGAGAGAUUCCCUUCCCACCGAACAGACAACUUGGUGCCCCCAGCACCACAGCCCCCAAGGCGAAGCCGGGACCACAACUGGAAGCAGCUGGGGACGACAGAAUGCUCCACCACCUGUGGGAAAGGAUCGCAGUACCCUAUCUUCCGCUGUGUGCACAGAACCACACACGAGGAGGUUCCCGAGAGCUACUGUGACUCCAGCAUGAAGCCGACCCCAGAGGAGGAGCCCUGCAACCUUUUCCCCUGCCCAGCCUUCUGGGACAUCGGGGAGUGGUCCGAGUGCAGCAAGACCUGUGGCCUGGGCAUGCAGCACCGCCAGGUCCUGUGCCGCCAGGUGUAUGCCAACCGUAGCCUGACGGUGCAGCCCUACCGCUGCCAGCACCUGGAGAAGCCAGAGACAACCAGCACCUGCCAGCUCAAGAUCUGCAGCGAGUGGCAGAUUCGGACUGACUGGACCUCGUGCUCGGUGCCCUGUGGCGUGGGGCAGCGGACCCGAGACGUGAAGUGUGUGAGCAACAUCGGGGACGUGGUGCAUGACGAGGAGUGCAACAUGAAGCUCCGGCCAAACGACAUCGAGAACUGUGACAUGGGGCCCUGUGCAAAGAGCUGGUUCCUCACAGAAUGGAGCGAAAGGUGCUCAGCGGAGUGUGGGGCAGGAGUGAGGACACGUUCGGUGGUGUGCAUGACCAACCAUGUCAGCAGCCUGCCGUUGGAAGGCUGUGGGAACAACAGGCCAGCGGAGACUACGCCGUGUGACAAUGGGCCCUGCACAGGCAAGGUGGAGUGGUUCACUGGCAGCUGGAGUCAGUGUUCCAUCGAGUGUGGCAGUGGGACCCAGCAGAGGGAAGUUAUCUGUGUUAGGAAGAAUGCAGACACCUUUGAAGUGCUAGACCCUUAUGAGUGUUCAUUCCUGGAGAAGCCCCCAAGCCAGCAGGUCUGCCACCUCAAGCCUUGUGGAGCUAAAUGGUUUAGCACAGAAUGGAGCAUGUGCUCCAAGAGCUGUCAGGGCGGAUUCCGGGUGCGGGAAGUUCGGUGUCUCUCAGAUGACAUGACCCCGGGUAGCCUCUGCGACCCCCAGUUGAAACCAGAAGAGAAAGAAUCUUGUAACCCUCAGGACUGUGUCCCUGAAGUUGAUGAAAACUGCAAGGACAAGUACUACAACUGCAAUGUGGUGGUCCAGGCGCGCCUCUGUGUCUACAACUACUACAAGACUGCCUGCUGUGCCUCUUGCACCCGAGUGGCCAACAGACACAUGGGUUUUCUGGGGAGCCGAUAACACGCCUGCGCUCCUGGGGUUACAGGCAGUGCACCCGACUGGUUGCUGCUCUGCCAGGGACCCCAUUCUCACCUUCCUAAAGCCACAUGGUACCCAGGAUGUUGGAAAGCCAUGGAUGGCCCUUUGAGCACUGCCCUGUCCUGAUGACAACCUUUCUUGGGACCUGGCGCCUGCGGAUGCUGCUGUCUGAAAAUCCAGCAUACAGUUCUCAUCCCAACUCCAGACCUGCCGUCACCCAAGGCAGCAGCUGGACCCUGACCAAGCACAGACUCCUUCCUGGUGCUACUGUCCUGUCCAAAAUUAGAACCCCUUUGGAAAGUCAAGAGAGGGAAGCACCCCGUCCCACAGCAUCCACAAACCUUGCUGAGACCUGCGCACCCCUGAUGCCUCAGCCCAGCUGUGUCUGUUGCCAUUCUUAAAGACAAUAGACAGUUCCCUGCCUCGGGACAGAGGUAUCUCACAACAGAGUGCUUUCUUGUUUAGCAGGUACACAUGUUCUCUGACAUUAGCGCCCUGGAGGCUGCAGAAUGGGAGGCAGGGGGUGAAUAUGUGCUCCCACUUUACUAGCAAGGAGACUGAGGUCUACUUACGUAACUGAGUUGCUGUUUUGGGACAAGGCUAAGUGCCUACCCCAGAUGGUUGAGCACAACCUUCUCCCCGCAGCACCUCCAGUGACCAGCCUGGGCUCUGUCCAGGGCCUACAAUCUGAAGGAUAAAUGGGGUUCCUAUCUGACCAGGAGGCUGAGAAGUUUCUCAUUCUAUGAACAGCCCAGGCUUCUGAGACCCAUCCUCGGUCCCCAAGUGCUGCCUCAAAUGAGUUCUCUCAAGAUAGCUGCACCCCUGUUCCCCUUCCCUCAGCCAUAACUCCUGCUGACAGGAAUCUGGUGUUUACUAAGUUCCAUUCUCAACAGAACUGUCCCUCAAGACAAGAUAGCCAUGGGGAGAGCUGGCCUGUUGCCAGGGAUUCUCUGGGCCAAUCUGGAGCUAGAGCAAAUGCCCACAGGCUCUUGUUCUACCAUCUCUCCUGGGUUCUUCAUGGUACCACCUCGUGUACAGCCAUGCCAGUUAAACCAGCAACAUGCCCAUAUUGCAAUAGAAAGGGUCUUAUUUGAGCCUUGUGGACUGUCUGAAGUUUCUAUCUAGUGAUCUCACAUCCCUCCCUUCCACGGUGACUCAUGACUCUUUCUUCCCCCAAGCCGUGACCAUCAAGACUAACUUGAAUGCUACAGGUCUGAGAGAAGGAGCUAGGAAGCCCUCCGUAUCUCUGCUGAUUCACUCUGCCCAAUGUAAUUCCAGAGGCCCAAGCCUGAAGGGACUCAGUGCUUAUUGAAAGGUGAACCAUCUUGGGGUGCCAGGGACGGGGGAGAGACAAUUAAGAGAAAUAUUUUUUUUCUUUCUUAAAACUUGUAAACUUACAGAAAUGAUCUUAUUUCAGGUUCUGGGCAUAUUUCCCUUAAAGAAAGCACAUACCCUUAGCAUACAAUCUCUCCAUGAAGCAGCCUGCACUGUGACCGACCGCUCACGGCUGUGGGGAUGGUAUAACCUGUCCGGUCUCAUGCACUCUGUCAGGAUUCCAAUGGCCUUGACCUCUGAUUCCAAUGGCGAGUGUCCUCUGAGCCUUUGUCUCUGCCUGAGAAGCGAAGCACUGCUUCCAUUAGCCUGUGGGGCAGGAGAUACACAGCCCAGCAGAGACCACACUCGCCAUGCUAAGCGCAGAGAGAAGCCACCACAUGAGUGGCUUCUGUCCAGUUCCCUGCCUGUCCCUCUCACUAUAUGCCUCUGCUUGUCCUGGGCAGCUUUCCUUCCAUGCAGCCAUUCUCAGAUUUUGCUGGACAAGUCAGACAUUUGAAGAAUUCCUUGGAAGGUGUUUGUGUGCAUGCUGGAGGGUAAGGCAGGCAUGGUCUGUGGGUAAAAUAUAGGCUGGCAUUAUCUCCAGGAAAGGAAGAUGUUCUAGCAACCAAAGCCACCCAACAAUGGGUGGUCACAGGACUUUUCUGCAUCUCUGAUCCUUCAAAUUCUCGGGGCUGGGCUGGGUUGGUGGUGCCUUUGUCUAUCCUAUGUCACAGAUGUCACCUCACAGUUCUUAGGAAGUACAGUGAUCCUCUUGUAGUGAGUAUAGGUCAGAGAAAAUGGGGCAGGCUCUGGUCUUUAGGCAAACACCAAACCAAACCAAACCAAACCAAACACCACCAACAAAACUAGAAAACACUUCAUCUAAGUUCAGUGGAUAUUUCCAGAAAAAUGAGCUGUUCCUGGGAGUUCAGUCCCAUUGAGAAGGUUACAGAUUUUUAGAAUGGGGUCAAUUAACCACUUUGUUUAGAAGGCCAAUCUUGCAAAGGUCCCUGGUUCCUCCUUCCAUCCCCUACACAGUGUGGGCAGUGGGGCCUUGGGCUCCCCAGUGAUUACCAGUGAUUGCCUGUCCCUGCAGAUGGUGCUUUACACGCCACCUCCUUCUCAGGCCCUCUUCACAUUCCCUUCGUUGGCUGUGGUUUGGAACUGAAAGUUAUAUUUCAAUAUUGAUUUUCCUCUGGUGUGCCAGAUGGCCACAUCAUGAGCUCUGAAUGAAAAAUUAGGCAAAUUAAAGCUACUGUGUAGCCUUUCUUAACAAAAGUCAACAAAGCCCCAAAUGAAAAGCGUGUGCUGUCUCCCUUUCACUGGAAAAACAAAC